AUGCGGGCGGGCUUCCUCACGAAGGUCGAGGACCCAGAGCUCGCUGGCGCGCACCGGAACGUGUACAGGCAGGAGGAGGACGACGAGGAGGAGCAGGGCCCGCACGAGGCCCUGGCCGAGGACGGGGAGGACGGGGAGAGCGUGGCGCUGCCCUGGGGCGUCCGCAAGCGGAUCCUGGACAACGCGCCCCCCGGGAACAUCGCGCGGCCUCGCGGAGGCGAUCGGGUGACCGUGCACUUGGUGAGCGCCCUGCAGGACGGCACCCUCGUCGGCUCGACCAGGGGGCGCGAGACGCAUUCGGAGUCCGGGGAGUCUCGCGACAGGCAGCCGCUGGAGUUCGUCUUGGAAGAGCGGCCGAGGGAGAUCAUCGAGGGGCUCGAGCUCGGCAUCAAGACGAUGCGCCAGGGAGAGGUUGCCGAGUUCACCAUCGCCCCGCGCUUCGCCUACGAUGACCUCGGAUCCCCGCCGCUGGUGCCCCCUGACGCUACCAUCGUCUGCGAGGUGGAGCUCAUCACGUGGACCUGCGUGGACGACCUCUUCCAGGACGGGCGCGCGGUCAAGACGGUCCUGGAGAGGGGCACCGGCGAGACGAAAGCAUCGAAGGGACAGGAGACCCGGAUCUCCCUGAAGGUCACAGAUAGGAACCUCCGGACUUUGCAGGAGCACGUCGGCCUCGAGCACACGGUCGGCGCCGCAGACUUCGGGUGCAUCUCGCCCGUAGUCUCGGCGGCCCUGCAGAACAUGACAGAGGGCGAGCGCGCCACGGUGGCUUUGCGCAGAUUCGGUGUGGGUGACAAAGUCAUCGACAACAAGCACAGCGGCGCGAGCAUGCAGCUUCACCUCCACAGGAUCUACCGGGUCAUCGACAUAUCGCCACUGCAGGACGGGUCGCUGGUGAAGAGGGUGCUCAGGGAGGGCUCGGGCCCGGAGGCCGUCGACACGAGCCGUGUGACGCUGACCGUGACCGCGCCUGCUUUCCAGCAGGAUGUAGAGUUCCGGGUCGGCGACGGGGAGGCCUGCGACGGGCUGGAGCUCGCCGUGGUUGGCAUGCGGGUGGGGGAGGCCUGCGCCGUGGUGACGCGGCUGCCGGCCGCGUACCUCGCCGCCGCCGCAGGGGCGGCCGCGCGCUCCGCCUCGGCCGCGCUGCGCCCCGAGGCGCUGAGGCCCGGGGAGGACGGCAGGGUGACGCUCAACCUCGAGCUCGCCGCCCUCGAGGGCGCCUGGCAGGGGACCCCCGCGGCCGAGCGGGUGGCCCUCGCGGCGGAGCGGAAGGCCCGGGGCGCGGAGCUCUUCGGGCAGCAGCGGUGGGCCCUGGCCCUGGGCCGCUACGCGGUGGCGCUGGAGGUGCUGGGCUCGUGCGAGGAGUGCCAGGGCAGCUCCGCGGCCGCGGAGAUCCGCGGCGCUUGCGAGCUGAACCGCGCGGCGUGCCUGCUGAAGCUGGGCGAUUUUCAGGGCGCCAGGGCCGCGUGCGACCAGGUGCUGGCCAGCAGCCCGGACCAGCCCAAGGCUCUGUACAGGCGGGCGAGCGCGGCCUUCGAGCUGUCCGACUACGCCCUCGCGCAGGCGGACCUCGGCAGGCUGCUGCUGGCGGACCCCCAGAACGCGGACGCCCGGCGGCUGCUGGGCAGGGUGCGGGAUGCGGCGAGGAGGUACUCGACGGACGCCAAGCGGGCGGCGGCCCGCAUGAUGGAGCAGCCCUCGCCUGCUGCCCGCGAGGCGGCGGCCCCGGCGGCGGCCCCGGCGGCGGCCCCGACGGCGGCCCCGGCGGCGGUCCCGCGGCGCCGCGGCGGCGGGCUGCUGGCGCGGCUGCCCCUGCUGUGCUGCCGCGGGGGCUGA